AUGGCGGAAUUAAACCUCCAGGAGAUUCAUGAUAUCCUCGUAGAGGUGGCCCACGAGGCCGGCCGAAUGAUUAUAUCGGCCAAUCCUCAGGACAUUGAACAGGGCGAGAAGAUCAACUCCGUCGACAUAGUAACCGAAUGUGACAAAGCGGUCGAAACCCUCGUCUCAACGCGCCUACGUUCCAAAUUCCCCUCUUACGCCUUCAUCGGCGAAGAGACCUACCGGCCGGGCCAGCAACUCACCGACACGCCCACCUUCAUCGUCGACCCCAUCGACGGCACGACCAACUUCGUCCACGGUUUCCCCGAGGCAUGUAUCUCGCUCGGCUUCGCCGCCGGCCGCGUCCCCACCGUGGGCGUGGUGUAUAACCCGUACCUGGACAAGCUGUACACCGCCAUCCGCGGCAAGGGGGCGUACCUUACGCAUGGCGCGGCAUGCGGAUUGGAAGGCGGAAAGGGCAGGGUGAGUAAGUUGCCGCUUGUGGAAAAAGCGCCGCCUUUGGGCAGGUUGGAUAGCUGUUUGGUGGCAGUGGAGUGGGGGAGUAGCCGGGAGGACCAGAAUUAUGAGAUCAAGACGGAGGUGUUUAAGAAGCUGUGCGCGGGCAAGGGGUCAGGAGGGGCUAUGGUGCAUUCGCUGAGGAGCAUGGGCAGCGCGGCGCUGAACAUCUGUGCUGUUGCGGCCGGCCAACUGGACAUGUAUUGGGAGGGUGGGUGCUGGGCUUGGGAUGUGUGUGCCGGUUGGUGUAUACUCGCUGAAGCCGGGGGUAUUAUGGCGAGUGGGAACCCGGGGGGUUGGGAGCCGGAGAUUGAUUCGCGGAAGUACUUGGCUGUUAGGGGGGCCCCGAGUGGGCAGAAGGAGCUUGUUAAGGAGAUGUGGGAGGUUAUGGGGGAUAGGAAGAUGGAUUAUGCCAGCUAG